GUUCCGCAAGAAACUAUAUUGUGUUUAUUUGUGUUUAAGGUAUGUGUGUUUCGGAUAGUACUCCUCGGGUAUAACGCGAGACUUUGUUUUCACAUUUAUCGACACUUAAUUGACCCCCCUGCUGCACUUAGAUGAGAUGAAUGCGUUAAGAAAACUCUUCAGUACACCAUGGUCCUCCACCGUAAGACUAGACGACAAAACAGUGGUCAUCACAGGGGCCAACACUGGUAUUGGCAAAGAAACGGCACUUGAUCUGGCAAAAAGAGGGGCAAAGAUCAUUAUAGCCUGCAGGGAUAUGGAGAAGGCACAGACUGCUGUGAAAGAAGUAACGGAAAGCUCCGGAAAUCAAAAUGUAAUUUGUAUGAAACUUGAUUUGUCAGACACCAAGUCAAUAAAGGAGUUUGCUGAAACCAUCAACAAAGGAGAGACAAAACUCAACAUCCUCAUCAACAAUGCUGGAGUCAUGGUCUGUCCCUAUGGGAAAACAGCAGAUGGCUUUGAAAUGCAGAUUGGUGUUAAUCACAUGGGUCACUUCUUGUUGACUUACUUGUUGCUGGACCUGAUUAAAGGGUCAGCCCCAUCUAGGAUCAUCAAUGUAUCUUCCAUGGCUCAUGCUUGGGGUACCAUCAACAUAGACGACAUCAACAGUGAGAAGGCUUAUGACAAGCGGGCAGCCUACAGCCAGAGCAAGUUGGCCAAUAUUCUUUUCACUCGCUCACUGGCUAAGAGACUACAAGGGACAGGCGUGACGGCGUAUUCUCUCCACCCUGGGGUAGUCCAGACUGACCUGUGGCGCCAUCUCAAUGGCCCUCAGCAAUUUGUCAUGAAGAUGGUCAGUCCAUUCACCAAAAACGCUGCUCAGGGAGCCCAGACAACUAUCUACUGCGCUGUGGAACCAGAACUGGAGAAAGAGAGUGGUGGCUACUACAGCGACUGUGCUCCAGCCUCCUGCUCAACGGCGGCAAUGGAUGACGACAUGGCGAAGAAACUAUGGGAGCUCAGCUGUCAGAUGCUGUCUAUAUCAUGGGAUUAAACACCUCAGGGUGGAAAGUUCAUCUCCAUUUACAGUUUCAAAGGGCAAAAUACAAGUGGUUUUACUCCAAGUUGCAUGCAAUGUUUUAAUUUCAUUAAAGUCUGUUGCAUUUACUGUAUAUGGUUUAGCAACGUGGUGUAUGCAUAAUACUCUGCUUUAAUUCACAACUACGUAUUUAUUUGCUAUAAAAAGGAGCUUUUAUCACUUAGGACCAACAUAAUCCUUGAUGAAUCAAUAAAUCUAUAUAUGUAACCUCUGGUUAAGUUACCAAAUUCCUUCCGCAUUGCGUUUUGACUGUCACUGAUGUGUUUUUCUAAAGGUGCUGUUGAGUUAAAAUCUGCUGAGGCACUAUUUUCUGAUAAUAAAAUAAUUGUUA